ACUUCCUCUCUCUUCUCCAUCUGGCCCACUGCGGGCGACAAUUCUCGAGAAUUUCCAUCAAGCGAGCGAGGAACUGUUCUAACUGCUUGUUCCAGAGAUCAGACACUUCGGAGAAGGCAAUUUUAUUUACAGACCAAAGGAGCCCCUCCCCCGACCUCCGUUAGCUAAUUAAAAAAUUUCCAGGCACAUAACCAUCACUAGGUACUUGAUAACCAGAGAUGCUGUCCCCACCACCUUUUACAUUGUCACAAAAGAAUAGCAUCAUUUUUUUGGAAGACGUUCCAUUAUUUUUCCAUUCACCUUUCCCUGACUACUGAGCCUUUUGGAGUUGAGUUAUGUCAACAGCUGCCUUAAUUACUUUGGCUAGAAGUGGUGGGAACCAGGUCAGGAGAGCGCUGCUAAGCUCCCGCCUGCUACAGGAUAACAGUCGGGUGACAACCACACGCCACAGCUCCACUUCAGAGCCCAGGUGUUCUCGGUUCGACCCAGAUGGCAGUGGGCGCCCAGCCACCUGGGAUAAUUUUGGGAUCUGGGAUAACCGCAUUGAUGAGCCAAUUCUCCUGCCGCCCAGCAUCAAGUAUGGCAAGCCAAUACCCAAAAUCAGCUUGGAAAACGUGGGCUGCGCCUCACAGAUUGGCAAACGGAAAGAGAAUGAAGACAGAUUUGACUUUGCUCAGCUGACCGAUGAGGUCCAGUAUUUCGCGGUGUACGACGGCCAUGGUGGACCUGCCGCUGCUGAUUUCUGUCACACACACAUGGAGGAAUGUAUCAUGGAUUUGCUUCCUAAGGAGAAGAACCUGGAAACUGUGUUGACCUUGGCUUUUUUAGAAAUAGAUAAAGCCUUUGCAAGACAUGCCCACCUGUCUGCUGAUGCAACCAUUCUGACAUCUGGGACAACUGCCACAGUAGCCUUGUUGAGAGAUGGCAUUGAACUGGUUGUAGCCAGUGUUGGGGAUAGUCGGGCUAUUUUGUGUAGAAAAGGAAAACCCAUCAAGCUGACCAUUGACCAUACUCCAGAAAGAAAAGAUGAAAAAGAAAGGAUCAAGAAAUGUGGUGGUUUUGUAGCUUGGAAUAGUUUGGGACAGCCUCAUGUGAAUGGCAGACUUGCGAUGACCAGGAGUCUUGGAGAUUUGGAUCUUAAAAACAGUGGUGUAAUAGCAGAACCUGAAACAAAGAGGAUUAAGCUACAUCAUGCUGACGACAGCUUCCUGGUCCUCACCACAGAUGGAAUUAACUUCAUGGUGAAUAGCCAAGAGAUUUGUGACUUUGUCAAUCAGUGCCAUGCUCCCAGUGAAGCGGCUCAUGCAGUGACUGAACAGGCAAUACAGUAUGGUGCUGAAGAUAACAGUACUAUAAUAGUAGUGCCUUUUGGUGCUUGGGGAAAAUACAAGAAUUUCGAAAUCAACUUCUCCUUCAGCAGAAGCUUUGCUUCCAGUGGACGAUGGGCCUGAUUGUUCGCUGGGACUUUUGAGUUUCUGUGCAACAGUUUUUCACUGAGAGUGUCAAGAAACUGAUUAGAUCGAAAGGUUAACCAUACCAGAGUGACUCUGUGACUCACUAGAUCAGCACCCAACCAAUGUGAACUCAGUAACCAUAUAUGUAGCAGUUUUUCAGAAAUACCCAUCAUAUUUAUGUUCACCUGUACAUACUCAGUAGAAAUAUGUGUGUAAUUACAGCUAUUGUGAGUCUACUUUGACUGAGUGUGUGAAAAGUGGUUUUGAUAUACUUGCUGAGUGUUCUAAUUUUAAAAACUCUUAGGCAGCUAUCAGUUUCUUUUGAUCACUUUUGUUUAUCCAUGUGAACAGGUUCUUCAAGUUUUUUAAAAGUAGUAGUUUGACAGCUACUCAAUGUGUUAUCAGCAAGUGUUUUAAUUUUUAAUAACUAUACCAAGGAGUAAUUGCAAAAACUGAGUUCACUGUUACUGUGUUUUAUAUCCUGGACCACUCAACUGAUAAAUGUAAUGAUGCAAAAGAAAUUAAUUCAGAUAAUCUGACACUCCUAAAUUAUAUACAUAUUUAUAAAUGGUAUAACUUGUAUAUUUCAACUGUGUGAGCAGGUUCCCUCUUCCCUCCAAUUCAUUCCUAUUGUGUAGCUAAGAAUACUAUAGAGACAUGGCUAUUUCUUCAUAUCAAAAGAAUGCACAGGCUGAGAGUCCUUUUGGUCAAAGGUAUACAAAGUUAAAUACCAGUGGUAUCAAGUAUCUUGUAUAAAGUUUGAUUCGUUGUCUCUAACUCUUGUACAUAGUAUGUUUACAUCACUUUUUGUAUAGAAUAAGCAAGUUGGAUAAUUUGUCAGUAAUAAUACCAUAUUGAGGGAUACUGUUUGAAGUUUAUGUUUCCUUUUUGCCUAUUUCUAAGACUCACAAAAAAGGAUAAACCUAAAACAUGAAAACAUUCAUAUUUCAGCUUGCUAUGUAAUUAAGGAGUAUAAAACUAUACUUAUAUUUGCAUAUAAGUUUGCUGUAAAAAUGUGAAUCUCUUACAGUGUGUUUGGAAUUAUAUCUGCAGUUUAGUUUUGCAGACAUGGUAAAUUUGUUAUAUGUUUGAGUGUAUGUACAUAUGUAUAUUGUGGAGUAACAUAAAAUUUUAAGGGAACAAUCCUGCAUAGCUCCUUCAUUAGUUAGCUUUAAAUUAAUUAUAUGUUUAUACCUAAGGACUCUUGACAAACUGGGUGCAGUUUGAUAGUGGAGGACCAGUGGUUAUCAGCAGAUGAAGAAACAUUAAGAAUGGCUGUAGGAGAUAUUUUAUAGUGGGUAAGUUACGUGGAAAACCCAGGAACAGAACAAGCAUGUUGAAGCUAUACUGUUACAUGAUAAUUUGCAUAUAAAAGAGGAUGUGAGAAAAAUACUGUAUGUACAGAAUGACAUGGAGUUUUGUUGUAGGGGAAAAGCCAAAAUGAUAAAUUUGGUAUACUAUAUAUCUUCAGUUCUCAGCUUUCGGGGUUGACAUUUUUCUUUUUGUUUUAUCUGAAGGCUUAUUAGAAGGAAGAAGGCCCAAGAUAUAUGUUCACAUUUUCUCAUCUUUUUGAGAAUAGAAGAGAAGAAAUCUUGAGCUUUCCAGCUUAUAUUAAUCAGGAAUUGUCCUUUGGGAAAAAAAGAAACAGUAAAGAAAUAUUUCAAUUUUGUUUUUUAAGAAAGUUUGAUGAAACACAGAAAAAUAUUACAGGAGAGAAUAUAGUCUCCUCUCUGUUGUCUGAGAAGUGAGCACCCAAAGGUAGAUAAGAAAGCUGGAAAACUUCCUUCCUCUUUCUGAGUCAGGUUCUGGAACAUAAAUAUGGAAACUGCAUUUGGAACUAUGGUGACUUUUCAAACUAACAAGCAAACAAAUACUCUAAAGCACAAAUGAUAUUUAAAGGUGUAAGUUUCAUUUUUGUUUUGAAUUCUUCACAUUGCUAUUCCUCUCUCACUUUAAAAACUAAAGGUGGCAGUGAUGUUAUCAAGGUCAAAGGUCUAAGAGUCACUGAUGCAUUAGGUGGAUUGCCAGGUUUGAUAAAAGGGAAUUUGUAGGGUGUGUAGGUGUUGAUCAGGCUUUGCUCUGCUUCACCUCAAAAGCUUGUAAAACCCAAAACCAGUUAACUUUGACUGAGGCAUAAAGCAUACUUGUGUUUGUUUUUUCAAGCCAUGGUGUCAAAGAAUAAUUUGCAAAUUGCUAUAAUCCAUAAAGAUAAGCAUACAUCUAUUAGGCUUCUAAGUCUACUAUUGGGAAUUGUACAAAUGGUAGUGAAUAAAAGGGCUUCUAUAGUUUUUUUUUAGUUUUAACUAAAUUUGCCAUGUGGCCAUUACAGUGUAGAUUUAGGUAUGGUGUAAAUUAUACUAAUGUCAUUCUGUUUAAAUCAAUUGUAUUUUAAGUUUUCCUUUCAUUUAUAUGUAGCAUAUAAAUCACCUUUCUAAAAUGUGUUGCCAGACUUUAUUUGUCAACCUUUAUUUGGCAAAUGAUUGACAUUUGUGAUUUUUCCCAAGUUAAGUACCUUAUAUGUUCAGAAGUAAAUGCUGUCCCGCGUUCCACCCGUUGUUCAUUUGUUACAGAUCUUUGUGUUUAAGUGCUUCAAAGUCUGCAUUUUUUUCCUGAAAAAAUAUAGUUUUGGAGGGAUCAGUUUUGAAUCUCUGUGCUCUAUGAUAGGAACUUUUCUUGAGUUCCAGCCUUUUAAAAAAUUACUUACUUUGAAGAAUUACUAGGACAUAAUCUAAAUAGAAAUUAUUUUUUCAAAGUAGAAUUUGACAUUUUUUUUUAAAAGAAUCUUGGCAGAGAAUGUGUAAACCUAUGCUAAUUCUUAAAUAUCAGACAGGACAUUUAGUUCCUUCUCUACAAAUGGACAAAAAUUUAAUUUCAUGGUCACAUGACAGUAAGAAAAUGCUUCUAAGCAGGGUGGUGGGAAGGAAUGGUUAAAGUUUAGCAUUAAGUAGUUCAACAGGUAUUUUCCUUUAGGACCUCAAUUGUUCACAUACCCAUGUCUGAAAAUUGACAUACAUUUUUGGUUGGGUUACAUUUUAUCGUAUGAUUAGAUUCACUUCUGUGGAUGAUUGUAGCAGAAAUAAAACACCAAAGUGUGAUUACCGGCCUGUUGCAUUUGGCAUCUGGAAUGGGAACACUAGACUCUGGCAGCCCCAACCGGUUGUGCGGUGGUUGAAGCGGCACGCUGAUGGUCACGUCGAGCCUUCUCGGCAGUGAAAUCAUGGAGUUCCUCUACCUCCAAGAAUGACUCACCUGCCAUUGGCUUCCGGUACAUCAUAUAGCAGCUUGGUCUAUCCAAAAUCAGUUUACUCUCUGCUGAAGUGUUCCGGUACACAUUUGUUUUAUAAUUUACCGAAGUGCUAUUUGGGUAUAUAGCACUUUCUAUAGUGAGUUGAUGAUGUAAGUGCUGCUUCUGAGUGUUGUUUUAAAUGUUCGUAUUGAAUAACUGAAGAGACUAAAAUCACAUAUUUCAGUGUACAAACAGCAUUUUAAUAAAGUAUGUGCAUUAACCACUUUAAAA